AUGUCCGCUGGGGGCGCUUUUCCUGGUGCCUCUGCAACGCCCGCUGCCCAAAUCACUGCGGCAUCGUUCCCGUCGUUUGUACCUCCCGCAACAAGCACUACGAACAGCGCUGGUACGUCGUUACUUGACCUAUUCCCCAACGUCGAGGCAAGCGUGCUCCUCGACAUCGCGCGCCACGAAUUUAAGCCCAUGGACCUCUCGAAGCUGGACUCCCGCUACCGCGACAAGGCUCCUCGGGCGUUCGAUUUCGACGGCACUGGCGCCUUCGUCGUCCGCGAAGCCUCCGUGAAAGACUAUCCCAACUUCCACGCGCUCUACAGUCCCCUUUCUACCUACUUCGACAUCCUCGCCGCCUUCGUUGCCUCUGGAAACGACGCUGCGACACUGCUCCACGUUGUCCGCGCUUCCUCAGCCUAUCUGCGCAGACUCGAAGAGUACAACGAGAAGUACCACUGGCCCGCGGUUCUUGCCUAUCACAUGGACUUCCAUUUCCGACGCCGCCGCGAGAUGACUCGCGGCAUCUUCUCCGGCUGGGAUUCAGUCGAUGACACACUCAAAAGCGACCAUCUGCACGGUCAAGAGCGCCCCCGCGUCAUGCGUGGCGCACAGCCGGCCAAAUCCUCCUCAGCGUCGUCCUCCGCUGGACAGUCACCCGAAGUGUGUCGCCUUUUCAACAAAGGCAGCUGUGCCUCUCCUUGCCGCUACAAACGCGUCCAUAAGUGCACUAGCUGCAACUCUACCGAUCACGGGCAGUCGGCAUGCACAAAAACCGGCGCAGCUCCUGGCGCAGCUACCUGA